AAUUCAAUUACGACCCGCUCCGUUUAAUCUCCCCUCUCCCAAGAAAGAAAUAAACAAAAAGCGCACAAAUUUCCCUGUCUAAACUCGCAGAAGAAAAGCUUUCGUUUCUCAUUGAUAUCUCUCGCUAUAUCUAUAUGUCGAUCUUUGAGUACAAUGGGAGUGCUCUUGUGGCAAUGGUUGGGAAGAAUUGCUUCGCAAUCGCAAGUGACAGGAGGCUCGGAGUGCAAUUGCAGACCAUUGCCACAGAUUUCCAGAAGAUCUAUAAAAUUCAUGAUAAGCUAUUUAUAGGUCUAUCUGGCCUCGCCACUGAUGCCCAAACCCUGUAUCAGCGUCUUGUUUUCCGGCACAAGUUAUAUGAGCUAAGAGAAGAGAGGGAUAUGAAGCCUGAAACUUUUUCUAGCCUUGUAUCGGCCCUUCUUUAUGAGAAAAGAUUUGGUCCAUACUUCUGCCAACCUGUUAUUGCUGGAUUGGGAGAUGAAGAUAAACCCUUCAUUUGCACUAUGGACUCUAUUGGAGCCAAGGAACUUGCAAAAGAUUUUGUUGUUGCUGGAACGGCCUCAGAAUCACUGUAUGGUGCCUGUGAAUCCAUGUUCAAGCCUGACAUGGAACCUGAAGAAUUGUUUGAGACGAUCUCUCAAGCACUCCUAUCAUCAGUAGACCGUGAUUGUUUGAGUGGCUGGGGAGGGCAUGUCUUUGUCGUUACACCAACUGAAGUUACAGAGAGGAUCUUGAAGGGAAGGAUGGAUUGAUACUUGUAGGCAAACCUAGAAGACUAAUUCCAUUUGCGUACUGUACUUCGUUAGAAUGCUUAAUUAAUAUUUCCAUAAUCGAACAUUGCUCGUCUUCUGGAGUUGUGUUGCCCAAUUCUUAACUAUUUACAAAAAGGUAUUUGAUGAUUCAAUAUAUCGUUUUCCUUAUCUUUAAA